UUUAAAAUGGCACAAUCUAAAGAAAUUAAAGAAAUUCUUGCUAAACUUCAAACUAUUCAACAACAAAUUAAUAAAUUAGACGACAAGGUUGAAACAUUAAAUACAGCAGAUAUUAUUGAAAAAUUGGAAAAUAUAUCAACGACUAUAGAAACAACAGCAAUCAAAGCUGUUGAGGAUAAAGAAAGACAACGUAGUCUUGUCCUUAUAGGAUUAAAAGAAUCAACAGCAGUUCGGCCAACAGAGCGUGCGAAAGCUGACGAGGAGGAGGUUUUACGCGUUCUGGACGCGCUGGACGUCCAGACAUUGCCAUUGGCAGUGUAUAGAAUGGGAAAUCCAGCCAAAGCAGGUCCAAAUGGUCGUUUAAUUAAAGUGAUACUUCCCAGUACAUCUUUUCAGCGAAUUUGUUUGGCUCAGUGGAAAAAGAAACGUCUUGAGAUUCGAUCCAUGGAAAAAUGGACCAAAUUACUAAUAAGACCUUCACUAACUGCUGAACAACUACGCUUAGACAAGGAAGAGAGAGACAAACGCAGAAUCGAUUGGCAAGAAAGAAAUAAGAAUAAUACUGCUGGAGACAACGUUACAAGACGUACAAAAAACUAUUAGGUAAUUUUGAGAUCAAAUUAUACUAUUUUAAUUCAAGAAGUGUUACAAACAAAAUUGACACUCUUAAAUUCCUAAUGCAAAAAAAUUCCUUUGAAAUAAUAUUGAUAACUGAGAGCUGGCUAAAUCAUAAAACUUUAGACUCAUCCAUAAUAGAAAACUCAAAAUAUUCAUUAAUACGUAACGAUAGAAUUAAUUCUAAAAAAGGCGGCGGGGUUUUAGCAGUUAUUUCAAAUUCUAUUCCCUUUAAUGAAAUUAAAACCUGCAAAAAUUCUCACUAUGAAAUACUAUGUUUUGACAUAUAUUCACCUUUUACUUCCCAGAAACAUAGAUUUAUAUUAGUUUAUCUCCCACCACCUGUAAACAAAAUACAACAAAAUUGCCUUGUUGAAAAAUUACAACAAUUAACCAGUAUUGAUUAUACAUACUCUAUCAUUGGUGAUUUCAAUAUUCCUUAUAUACCCUGGGGUAGCGAAAAUUUAAUAGAAAUUAAAAAUGAUAAUAUUUUACUAGAAUUUAUAAAAUACUCUCAACUAGAACAAAUUAUAAAAUUUCCUACACGCCAAAACAAUUUUUUAGAUUUAAUAUUUACUAAUUCACUUUCCUCCUAUAAAUCCAUAAAUAUGACUGAACCAAUACAAUCAAACAUAUACCAGUCCGAUCAUAAUGGAAUAG